AUGGACGGGCGGACGGUCCGGAUCGAGUGCGAGGCGGGGGACGCGCCAUGCGACAGAUGCCAGCAGCGGAGGUGGGCGGAGGACGUGGACGGGGUGCUCGAGCAGGGCGCGGCGGAAGAGGCGGUGUCGGAGGGGUGCGUGCGCGCUUUCGAAGACGACGAAUGUAGGACGGCCGCGGCGCGGCGCGCCCUCGAGCGGGACCCCCCGCGACUACGCAAUGGCGGACUGCGCGGAUCACGGGCGGGCGGAGGACUGGAUGGAGGUGGAGAGGGGUAUCGCACUGGCGGAGCGGGAGAUAUUCGGCAAGAGGCGGCUAGAGCAGUUUUCAGGGUGCUUCGAGUGCGGGCUGCCGCAGGAGAUGUGCGGGGCGUGGAGGAGAAUCGAGGAGGAGGGGAGCGAUACGCAAGGACGACGGGCGGGUGCUGCUUAUAUGCCGGGCAGCUUCUCGAGAUGUACGGCUGGGGCAUGGUCCAGGCGGAGUCCGGAGGGAUCGAAAGGGUCAAGAGGCGGAUGAUGGGGGAGGAGGGGCUUACGCUCGCGCUGGUGGAGAAGGACGAGUGA